AUGGAGCAAGUCUCCAACAGGUCACCCCUGAAAGUUGCUGUGGCCGGUGGCUCUGGGCAGGUCGCUCGAGAGAUCAUUGACGCUCUUUUGGCGGCAAAGAAACACGAAAUCGUCAUUUUGAGUAGAAGUGACACCCCGGUGCACUCUAUCGCGUCUGAAAUACGCUGGCAAAAGGUAGAUUACGAAGACAAGAAAAGCCUGGUUGAAACCCUCCGCGGAACUCAUACCCUCCUAUCUUUUGUCCAAAUUCUUUCGGAUCCCGAUCAAAUGUCCCAGAAGAAUCUAAUUGAUGCUGCCAUUACUGCGGGUGUAAAACGCUUUGCACCAAGUGAAUAUGGGAGCAAGGAUAUCGUUAAUAUGUCUUGGUGGUGUGGAAAGGGAGUGAUCAGAGAGUAUUUGGAAAAGGUGAAUGGAACAGAGAAUGUCCUUGAGUACACAUUGUUUCAACCCGGAUUGUUCCUCGACUACCUGGCCUACCCUUUCAAGACAUCAAAAUAUCUUGACCCCCUACAAACCUUCUUGGACUUUGCCAACAGGCGGGCAAUGGUUGUGGACGAUCAUGAAUAUGCCGCCAUAACAUUCACAACGGUAUCAGAUCUUGCAGCAGUCGUCGCACGUGCAAUUGAUUAUGACGGCAAGUGGCCUGUGACGGGCGGUAUCAGAGGAAAUCGAGUUACCUUUUCACAAAUUAUCGAUAUCGGCCGUAGAAUUAGAGGAUCCCUCGACGUCACUGUUCUAAAAGUCGAAGAUCUUGAAUUUGGUGAUCUCAAGUCUCCAUGGAAUCUACAAGCAGUCCAUCACGCGGUGCCUGAUGACCAGGCGCAAGCUCUUCUCAAGCAAGUAGCUAUUGGUUUUCUGCUGAGCAGUUCAAAAGGCGCAUGGGAUGUCUCGGACGACUUCAACCGGAUUUUCCCGGACUUUGAGUUCACAUCGCUCAAGGACUUCCUGACAGGGACUUGGGAGGAUAAGCCUUAG